CAAAAACAAUAAGUAUUAAAAUUAGAAACAUGCACGAAUAUCAGCUGAUACAUAAAUAGCACACAAACACAGCUUCAGCUUCAGAGAGUCCUCUUUUAAUCAGAUAAUAUCACUAUAUGUCCCAAGUCUCUUCCCAAAAGAAAAAAAUAAACAAUGACGACGACACCAACCAGUUCUCUCCUCCUCCUCCUUCUCCUUCUUCCUUUCAUGGUCUCAUCCCAAACCUGCCGCCGAACUUGCGGAAAACUCCCUCUGAAGUUCCCCUUUGGCGGUGGCCCUGGCUGUGGUGACCCCCGCUUCCAACAAUACGUGACCUGCAACACCAUAGACGAUCAUGGCCAAGAGCAACUCACCCUCACAACUCACACCGGUUGUUACCAAGUCACAGCUAUAGACUACGUCAACCAAGUCCUUUACAUCUCAGACCCUUCCAUGUCUACAUGCUCAUGCAUCAACACUCAACCCUCCAAAGGCUUUGGCCUUGACUCCGAUGCUCCUUUCUCAUUCCAUGACGAAACGGUCUUCGCUUUACUUGACUGUUCUCUUUCUUCAUCACCAAUUUACCAUUCUGAUGGAGGCAACGGCUCUGACCAGUACAAAGUUCCACUGUGUGAUAAUCAAGGAACAGUUCCCAUAUGCAGCUUCUUAUACUCUUGUAGAGCUAUUAGUACUAUAAACCUUCCUAUCUCUACGUGCUGUGUUUAUACGCCGGUCGAUCUCGGGCCGGCAUACGACAUGGACUUGGAGAAGUUGAAGUGCUCUUCUUACUCUGCCUUUUACAGCUUUAAUGGAAGACAAUCUGACCCUGAUAGUUGGAAGUAUGGGAUGGCUUUGAAAUAUAAGUUUAGUGUUUAUAAUGAGUAUCCUAGAACUUGUGCCGAGUGUGAAAAGAGUUAUGGAGUGUGUGGAUACACUGGACCUUACAACUCAUUCAUAUGUAACUGUGCUUCUGGUAUUAAUUCUACUUCUGAUUGUUAUUUUGGACAGAACUAUAACUUUGGUUCAAGACUACUACACCCAUGGAAGACAGGGGCAGUACUGUUGGUGUGGUUAUUAGUUUGGGUCUUGUGGACAUGAAACUACGUUUAUCGUCCUUCUUUUGGGCUGAUUCUUAUAGCUAUCAUUGUGUUGUGAAAGGAAUGUGUUUGGUUAAUUAUUAAUAAGGAAGAAAGGGUAAUUAUCAUUUUGCAUUCUUGGGGUAAGCUCAAUCGCCAUCGUCAUAUUGUCAGCUCAUUUUUAUAUUAUGUUGAAAUUUCAAAUGUAAUUUAUUAUUAUUAUUAUUAUUAUUAUUAUUAAGAAAAAUUUAAGAUUUACUACAUGUACAAUCAAAUUAUGAAUUAAAACCAUUUCUAUAUAUAUUAUUUAUAGAGGUGA